CGGAACUUGUGGGUGGCACUGCUGGGCACCAAUCAUCAGGGCACUGAUCAUCAGUGCCCUGAUGAUCGGUGCCCAUCCUCGCUCUGACAACUGCCGGUUCUCGGCAGUACUUUCCUUGCGAUCUGACAGCCAGGGAUCAGUGCCCUGAUGAUCGGUGCCCAGCAGUGCCACCCAACUCUGCCCAUCAGUGCCACCCACCUGUGUCACCCACCUGCGCCCAUCAGUGCCAGCCACCUCUGCCCAUCAGUGCCACCCACCUGUGCCCAUCAGUGCUGCCAGUCAGUGCCCAGCAGUUGCACCAGCCAAUGCCCUGCAGUGCAGCCAGCCCUGCCCUGCAGU